AUGCCGCUUCUAGGUUUAUCUGGUCAGACAAAGAUUUUCAAUCACCGUUGUCGAAUUGUGAACUUCAUUGACUACAUCAAACAGACAUGUGGCACUGGGACGGAAGCAUGCAUCGACCUGGUCGAUGAAGCCGGCAACUUGAUGAAUCUCAGUGCCCAGCAAAACUCCCUCGAGCCAGCCAGCAACAUCCUGACAGCACGACAGAGAUAUAUCCUCAUCAAAAUGUCAAAGCAAGGUGACUCCGAAACUGUCAAAUAUGAAGCUAUACUGGACAACAUCGAACAUCUUCAUCCCGCGGUGGCAGACCAGCUUCGGAAGUUGUCCAAUCCCAAGGCCAAGGAGAAGACCCUGAGGAAACUCAGAUCCACCAAGGAGGUUAUUCUGACCCCGCCAUCGAAAAACAAAGCAGCCUUCAAGUCUAAAAACCCCAACGGUGCACAGCGAAAGCUUUGA